AUGAAUAAAUUUGAAAAUUUUUAUAAAGUACCUAUUUCAUAUAAAAAUAGAAAAAAUGAAAUAUAUAAAUAUGAUAAUUUAGAAUAUAAUAAAAUGAAAUACGGUAUGCCUGAAUAUUACAGGUGUCCAUAUUACAUGCAUGAGAAUAGGAAUUUAUAUAAUACUGAAUCAUGUUAUACACCGAAUAUAAAUGUAGGUAGAAAUUCAUUUUAUGGAAAGACUCUAGAUCCUAAUGAUAAGAUAUGUGAAGAGAAUGAUUCUGUAUAUAAUAUUUUAGAAGAGGAUCAUAAAGAGGAGUCAUUUAAAAAAAUAGAAUGUAUGAAUAAAGAAGAUGAUAGGAAGAAGAUAUAUAAUAAAGUUGAAAAAAAUGACGAUGAGAAUAUAGAUAAUAAGAAACAUAAUUAUUGUGAAAAAUAUGAAGAGGUAUAUCCAAAGGAUAGGUCAAGUAUAAAAAUUAUAUAUAAUGAUGUUGAUCAACAAAUAGAUCAUAAUUUAUAUGAUGAUGAAAAUGAAAUUGUAUGUGAUAAUGAGAUAAAGAAAAGGAAAAAAAGGGAUAGGAAAGUGUUUAUGGGAAAGUAUUUUUUUUCUGAUAUUAUAAAUACUAUUAUAUAUCCUUGUACAAAUAAAUCAUUACAAAAGUAUCAAUAUGGUUCUGUUGAGAAUAUGGAUUAUUCGCUAUAUAAUGAUAUUCAAAAGGGUCAGAAAAUACAGAAGGUAGACAAAAUAAAAAAUAAAAAGGCACCCCAAAUUAUUGUUAAAUUUUGA